UUUGCCAAUUGGUCUUUGUUAUGCUUUGUUAUGCUACUGUAUAUUUUCGCAAAAACACUGAUGGUUCCAGGUUAUUUGAAAAGGGUUGAUAAUACUGCCAGUUCCACUGAGAAUCAACAACAAACAUAAGAGAGAUUUUUUUAAAAUUAGAACAGGAUUCAACUGAUUCAACAGUGAUGAUUUACCAGUGCAUGUUGCUGACUUUCGAGGCAGUUCAUUGACAGUAUCAGACAUUAAUCUCAUAAAGCUGUGCUGUAUUUUAUGCUGUACACAAAAAGACAAAAAUCUGUUUCCAAGGUGUGAAACAUGACAGUGUGAAGGUAUGCAGUUCUUUUUAAUUUCCUCUCACAUAUUUUUUUUGCACAGCACCAUUCAAAAAUUUGACUUUUGUGUCAUUUUUAUUACAAGACAGAUAACGACCUUUGCAUAAAGUAUAUUUAACAUUAAGUAUAUAAAUACAUAGUGGCUGGAAAAAGGACAAUGUGUACUUGUGAGAUCACAUCAGAUUCUAAAUUGUGAGAUUUUAUGAGAUUCCAUUUUUUUUCCCCAGAUCCAUUUGAGGGUCCCAAUUACCACAUUGCUCCUCGAUGGGUUUACAACAUUUCAACACUCUGGAUGAUUUUUGUGGUCAUCGCAUCAGUCUUCACCAACGGUCUUGUCUUGGUGGCCACAGCAAAGUUCAAGAAACUCCGUCACCCACUGAACUGGAUCUUGGUCAAUCUUGCAGUUGCUGAUCUUGGAGAGACAGUUUUAGCCAGCACCAUCAGUGUAUGCAACCAGUUUUUUGGUUACUUCAUUCUGGGACACCCAAUGUGCGUCUUUGAGGGUUACACCGUCUCAGUUUGUGGUAAGUGGUCACAAUUUUUUUUCUCUUUGAUGGAAAAGUGUUUGGAGAUCCCUUUUCUGAGUGUCCUACUUCUUUACACAGGAAUCGCUGCUCUCUGGUCCCUGACUAUCAUCUCCUGGGAGAGAUGGGUAGUUGUGUGCAAACCCUUUGGAAACGUCAAGUUUGAUGAGAAAUGGGCCACAGGUGGAAUUCUCUUCUCCUGGAUCUGGUCAGCAGCGUGGUGUGCUCCCCCCAUCUUUGGCUGGAGCAGGUACUGGCCUCAUGGACUGAAGACUUCAUGUGGACCUGAUGUAUUCAGUGGAAGUGAAGACCCUGGAGUCCAGUCCUACAUGAUUGUUCUAAUGAUCACAUGUUGUAUUAUUCCCCUGGGUAUUAUCAUCUUGUGCUACCUUGCCGUCUGGUGGGCUAUCCAUACUGUAGCCAUGCAGCAGAAGGAAUCAGAGUCAACCCAGAAAGCUGAGAAAGAAGUAUCCAGAAUGGUGGUUGUCAUGAUCCUGGCAUAUAUUGUGUGCUGGGGACCUUACACCACUUUUGCCUGUUUUGCCGCGGCCAACCCUGGAUACGCCUUUCAUCCUCUGGCUGCUGCUAUGCCUGCAUACUUUGCCAAGAGCGCCACCAUCUAUAACCCAAUCAUCUAUGUCUUCAUGAACCGACAGUUCCGCACAUGCAUCAUGCAGCUCUUUGGCAAACAAGUGGAUGAUGGUUCUGAAGUAUCCACAUCAAAGACAGAGGUCUCCUCUGUGGCUCCUGCAUAAACCUGUAUAUUCUGUAUUUUGAGAAGUGUUGUUAAUUGUACAGUAAAUAUUUAUUGUUUCAUUUAUUUUUUUCUUUUUUUUUUAGUAA